AUGACAACUUUUGGAUUCCGUGGCGAAGCUCUUGCUAGUAUUAGCUAUGUUUCAGCUUCGGUGCACGUGGUAUCCAAAAGGGCUGAUGAUAUUUGCGCAUAUCGUGCCGAUUUUUGUGCCGGCACACUGUCCUCUGAACCCAGGGCGUGUGCCGGCACAAAUGGAACGUCUAUUACGGCCCAGGACUUAUUUUUUAAUACGUCUCAGCGUAAGCGUGCUUUGCGUUCUGCGUCAGAAGAGUACAAUCGUUCGCUUGAUGUCGUAACAAAGUAUGCGCUACAUUAUGGUCCUCUGGGAGUUAGCUUCUCAUGCAAGAGAGCAGAACAUGCGAGUAUGGAUUUACAAACUUUGGCUGAUGCUCGUACUACCAUCCCUGACAUGAUUCGUACAAUCUAUGGCUCUCACCUUGCGCGAGAUCUUCUUCAUUUAAGCACUUUUUCUGAUGCAAAGCUUGGUUUCAAGGCAGAGGGAUGGUUUAGUAACGCCAAUUGGUCUUCCAGGAGAAUAACGUUUAUUUGCUUUAUCAACCAUCGUCUCGUUGAGUGUCCAUCACUAAAGCGUGCACUGGAGUCCGUGUAUGCACAAGUGCUGCUUAAAGGACAGUAUCCUUGGAUCUAUGUGGCUCUCGAGAUCGAGCCAAAUCGUAUCGAUGUUAAUGUUCAUCCAACAAAGCAAGAAGUGCAUUUUCUAGAUGAGGAAGAUAUCAUUGAAUUGAUUACGGCCCGGGUGCAGGACAUUUUGGCCGAUCAAAGCUCGUGUCGUGUUUACUCAACGCGUAACGUGCCGUUAGGCCAAGUCGUAUCUGAAAACCAAGUGCAAGUGCUUCGUUCUCGUGGACAUGACCCCCGACAUCUUGUUCGGGUCGACAACAGUGAUCAGAGGUUGGAUGGAAUGGUGCAAAUCCCCAGCACUAUUUCACGCACACCAUCCUCUGAUAAGAUCUUGCAGAACGAGUGUAAACUCACGAGCGUCCGUGAACUUCGUCAAGAAUGCCUAGCAUCACACCAUGUAAGACUUACAAAUAUCUUGCAAAAUCAUUCGUUCGUUGGCAUCGUCGACUUGCAGAAGGGCCUCAGCUUGAUUCAACAUAACACACAGCUGUAUCUUGUACAGCACGGCCUGCUUAUCGAAGAUUUUGGGUAUCAGCUGGCACUCAGGCAGUUUGGGUCGCUUGCUACAGUGCGCUUGGAUCCGGCACCAUCGCUUUCUGAACUGAUCGGUCUUGGUUAUGACAGGGAGCCGGCUGAUCAGCAGAAAGCUGCCUUAGGUCUCUCUAGAAAGCAAGUAAUUGAGCGUGUAGCUCGAAAGGUUCGGAGUCAUGCUGAAAUGCUAAGGGACUAUUUUGGACUGUGCAUUGACUUGCAAAACAACACUGUGUGUGAAAUUCCUACUUUGCUUCCUCAACACGGGUCUUUCGGACUUUCGCUCGAGCGCUUGCCGUCAUUGUUUUUUCGUCUUGGUCCCCAAGUCGAUUGGGAUAAUGAAAAAGGAUGCUUUUACACAAUGUGCAGAGAGCUGGCACUUGCUCAUGUACCGCCAAGCUGGGGCACUUGCACGAAUGAUUCACGACCAGACAUGGAUGAGAAGGAAGCUUGGAUUGUACAGCAUGUGUGGUUUGCACAAAUGCACGGGUCUCGCGGACGCUGUGUCGUUACCUCAUCAUUGCCUGAAGAUGUUAUAACACAGGUUGCAAGCCUGCCAGAUUUAUGUAAGUAUAUCAACCCGCUGUGUGACACUGACUCGAAAUCAAGACCGCGUAUUUGA